AUGCGAGUUGGAGGUCGGUUGAAUCUUUCCCAGCUUCCCUUCCAAUCGAAGCAUCCCGCCCUCCUACCUAAAAAUCAUCCGUUGUCCCAGUUGAUCGCUGAAGAUUAUCAUCGCCAGCUACUCCAUGGCGGCGGGCGUCUGCUUCUAUCCACUAUACGCGAAAAAUACUGGCCGCUCAAUGGAAGAAAUUUGGUUAAAACUGUCGUCAGAAACUGUUUCCGAUGCUCACGUUAUCGUCCGGUGCUUGCGCAACAGCAAAUCGGGCAGCUGCCAGCCUCGCGGGUCAUUCAAAAUCGCCCGUUCUCGAUCACCGGCGUUGACUACGCCGGUCCCCUAUACCUGAAGCCGAUCCACAAGCGCGCCGCCCCCGCAAAGGCUUACCUGUCUUUGUGUGUUUUACCACCAAGGUGGUCCACUUAG